CAUCGCUGGAUUAAGUAUUUUUGUAACUAUCGCACAAUGGGAAAGCGCACGAAGAAGGUCGGCAUUACCGGAAAGUACGGUACCCGUUACGGUUCCACGCUCCGAAAGCUGUUGCGCAAGAUUGAGGUUUCGCAGCAUUCAACUUACCGCUGCGUCUUUUGUGGAAAGGAUUCCGUCAAGCGAACCUGUGUGGGUAUCUGGGAAUGCAAGACCUGUCGUAAGGUAGUGGCCGGCGGUGCUUACACCCUGUCUACCGCUAGUGCCGUCACGGUCCGGUCGAAUAUUGCGCGUCUUCGAAGAAUGCAGACGGAAAACAACUAAGCCGUAUCUUCCUAUAAUUCUAGAAAGAAGAAGCAAAGU